UUUAGCUUAAAAAGUUGGGAGAAGAACGUUAAUUUCAAUACAAAAUGCUUAACAAAACGUUGAUUUUUAGUGUGCUUUUUGCUUUCAUCUGUGUGCAGUAUGCCACAUCUCUGAGCUGUUACACCUGUGAAAAUGCAAUUAAUUGCAAGAAUGCUACGAAAACGACCUGUACCAAUGCUAUUGCAACUGUAACGAGCAAUCAUCUUGGUGUUUAUAAUGACAAUGUGACACACCUAAAUAGCUUGAGGUUUGACUGUCUCGCUCUGAAGUAUACCUAUCCCAACAACAACUCAAUAAGUUAUCAACUGCAUGGCUGUGUCCAUCCCGAUCUACAUGCCUGUAAUUUGGCCCUGAAGCAUAAGUAUUCCAGCUGGAAGAAGACGUGCAAACUUUGCUCCGGUGAUAACUGCAAUAAGAAUCCAGCCGGAAAGAUGAGCAGCAGUGUUUUUACAAUUGUUGCCACUGUAUUGGGCCUAGUGUUGGCCAAGAUUUAUGCCUAGACAUAUUAUGGACUAGUUAGUAAUACAAUAAAUCAACUAAAUUUUUUGAAAAUUG